GGGCAGAUGGAAGUGGCAGCAGUGGUAGUGUUACAGCAGCAGCAGCAGUGGUAGUGUUGCAGCAGCAGCAGCAGCAGUGGUAGUGUUGCAGCAGCAGCAGCAGUGGUAGUGUUGCAGCAGCUGUGCAAUAUGGCUGUGUAUCUGUGCUGUUUCCGUCACCUGUGUGGCACAGCACCCAGCCCCAGUCUACCCCCCAGGACAACACCCACUGUAAUACUCGACACUGGCUACAUGGGUCAUGAAGUAGUAAUUGUGAAAAAUGGAAUACGAAUUUGUGGUAGUGGUGGUGCACUUGGUAACAUUCCAAUUCUACAAAACAAAGCCUAUUUUGAGGUUAAACUGCAGCAGUCAGGUAUAUGGGGUGUGGGGAUUGCAAUGCGCAACACCAACUUAAACAAAGUUCCCUUGGGAGAAGAUGCUCAUUCAUGGGUUUUAUGUUCAGAUGGUACUAUACGACACAAUGCGGAGGAAAAGUACAAAAUUGUUGACAUCCCCCAGGAAGGGGAUAUUUUGGGUGUUAGCUAUGAUCACGUUGAGCUAAACUUCUACAUUAAUGGCAAGCCCACAAAUACACCGGUCACAAGCUUCAAGGGUACCGUGUAUCCUGCCUUAUAUGUUGAUGAUGGUGCUAUAAUGGAUGUCAUAUUUGAAAACUUCAAUCAUGGUCCACCUCCUGGCUAUGAUUCUAUCAUGGUAGAGAAAUCUUUGUUGGAAAAUGACUAGUAGAAAUUGCUGCUGUAAUUUCCUUGUGCAUCUCCACUCUAUAAAUCCCCUGUGACUGUAACAUCUGGUGUGUCCUUCCUUUAUGAACCAAUUACAGAUGAUCAUCAGUUUUGUCAUAAAUGAUUAUUGUAGAUCUAUGUACCAUUUUCAUACAUUAUUAUCAAUUCUAUAAGAAUCUUAAAAUGUUGAUCUGGAUAAUCUGAAUAUAGAGCCUACUUAAAUGUUUAGUUGUUGAUUAUGAUUAUAAAAUUAAUUACAUACACACAGGAUAAUAUGUACAUUAACAGUACAGUAUACUGUAAUUUUCCACAUGAAAGGGGUAAGUCUUUUUUAAAGAUAAUUUAAAAUUAUGCUUCAAACUUAAUUUUGUUGAAAGUUUAAGUUUAUAGAAAGCUAUUAAAUACAUAUCUGUGCCUAUAAAAUUUGAUUGUUGAAGUAGGUUUUUCUUAAAAUUAUUUAGUGCCAUAACUCUAUAAUGUUGAGGCAUUAAAUGAACAGACUACAGCACAACCCUUAAUGAAGAGUAAGUCAUAUUACUACAACUAACCCACAAUUUGAAUAAAAAACUUUUGAUGAUUCUUCUCCAAAUUAUGAGAUAGUUGCCAACCCUUAAUAUUUAGAAAAUAUGUAUACAUACGGCUUUUUUUUUUUUUCCUCAUUUGCCAUCUCCAGCCUAGGCAGGGUGACACAAAGAAGGAAACACAUUAGUCAUCAUUUGAUGUCUGGCAAUAGUAUAUUUAGUUGUCUAAAUAAUAUAUAAAUUCUAUAUAUUGGUUUUAUUUUGGCUCCCUAUAAUUUGUGUGAAUAUAGUAUAUUAUUAUAUUUAGGGGGAAUUGCUAAAUCUGUAGGGGUCAUACAGCACCUUGGGAAUUGGAGGCACUCACUUUUAGUCCAAGGGGAGGACAAGAUAAGUUCCUUGAGUCAAGAGCCCUUAACCCCCCCCCCUUUCCUUACUUUCAGUGAAUCUUCAUUAAGGGGUUUAAUGUAAAUAACAUUUGGAACUAAGUAUUAAGAAUACAACUGUUCACAGUGUCAUUGGUAUGUAAGUAGCAAUCUGUUACCUAGUGUCACAGCUGAGGAAUGUGACGCUGUAUAGUCCUUGUGGCUUAGCGCUUCUUUUUGAUUAUAAUAAUAAUGAGGAAUGUGACGGUUGAGCUCGAGUCGCUGAUAGGUCACACGCUGACCUGUACGAGCUCACACACCAUUCUGUGCAUGUGUAAUACUGAGUAUAUGAUGCCUUAAAUUAUGCCCUAGGCAUGUGACACCCAGGGUGGUUACAAUGUAAGCACAAAGCUCAUACGAUAUGGCUGGGUGACAUCAAGACAAUCUUGAUAGUACCUUGCAGAACACCUGCAUUGUCUCAAACCCAUCUACAACAACAGUACAACAAUUUUUGAUUGCUCUAAGAAACCAGCUUGAACAUCCAGUAGGCAUGUGUGAGCAUGAUAUUAUAAUCAAAACUAAAUGCUAAACUCGCAAGGGUCAUACAGCACUGUGCGAGCUUGAUAGACAGGAGUGGAGGCAAGUGGCUUUUAUGAUGUGCUGGAGUGUGAGCAAAGUAACAUUUAUGAAGGGAUUCAGGGAAACUGGUUAAGACUCGAGUCCUGGAGUGCCUGCAUUCUAAAGGCAGGGUGGGGAUAUUACAAGUUGGGUGGGGGGGGGGGGGGCAUAUGAAUUGUAUUACCAGAGCACCUCUGGUAAGACGGAUGGUGAAGGUAUUUUUUUUUUUUGUCUCCAUAUGUUGGUAGAAGAUGGCUGGUGUGUUAUAGAAGAAAAUAAAUAAAUUUUUCUUAUCACAAGGGCCCCUUAAGGGAGGUUCCUUGACGCUGGUGAGGGGCUCUUGAUCUAGGGAAUUGGAUCUGUGCUCCGGUUCCCUGAAUUGAGCCUGAAUACCUUCCAUCUCCCCCACAUGUGCUGUAUAAUCCUACGGGUUUAGCGCUUCCCUGUGAUCAUAAUAAUAAUAAUAAUUAUCAGAAGGGUUGAAAAGUUAUGAACAUUUUAUGACAUCACAAUAUAGGACACGCCUUAUUUUGUAGUCAGUCUUCAAAUUUUACAUUACAUUUUUAAAUUUGAAUUGGUUGUUUCAAAAUGUUCAUUAUACCUGAGCAUUUAUGCUGGAAAAUUGCAGUAUUUUUUAAGUUGGAAUUCAUGCAAGCUUUAACAAUUAAUAACUAUAGAUUUAAUAUUCUUUGCUUAAGGUUCUUCAAAAUAUAAUAUUUUUAUAUACAAUUGAUUUCCAAAUAAUAUUUUCAUAUUAAAUUUUUUUGAAAAUGUACAUUGUUGAUGUUUACAGUACUGUAUAUCCACUAACCAUAUACUGUAUUGUAACAUUUACCAUAUCACAAAGAAACUUGAGUUUCAUGUGCAUACAAAUUUAUUAAAUAUUGAUAUCUAUGAACUAAGUGGUACAUUAUAUUUUUUAUUACAGUACAUACACGAGUCUUCUUCCUAAAUUAUGUACUAAAAGAUGUAAGUCUGUCUCAAUAUGCAUAUUCUUACAGUUUUAUCUGUUGUGCAUUGUAUAUUUAUUCAUAUCUACAAAAAUCUAACGAGUUCUCCUUCAUUCUCUGUAAAUUUAUAAAACCUGGGCGCGAUACUUUAAUUUGGUUGGUAAGUGCUGUCAUCAGUAAUAUUCUCAAGCAGUAUAUGGUAGUUGAAGGCGGCUUAUACAUGAUUCAAUAACUUUGUAAUUUUGCAGGAAAACAUAACAUUUGUACAGUAUACAAAAAAUUUAGGUAAACAUUGCAUGUUGCUUGCAAAUACAGAAACGUGUACCGUAUGGUAUAGAUCUGUGCAUGUGGUCUUAAACAGUGUUUUAUCAACUUGUUGGCCACCCACUUACUACAUAUGCAGGUAUCUUAUAAAAUAAUAUAGCUCUGGCAUUAGUAGAAAUUUUUGCAAUAUUUCUUUCUUUUCAGAAUAUGAAAAAACAAAACAAAUAUUCACUGUAGAUGUAUGUGUUUAUAAGAAAUAUGCAGGAUAUGAUAAGUAAUAUGACCUCAAAAUAGUUUGUUAUACUGUGGUACUUGCUGCUUCUAUAUCAGCUAUGACAUCUAAACGAGUCAUUGAAUCUGCUGUUAUGAAUGAUAUUAAUAUUGUAACAUUACAUACUAUAUUAUAUAUGCGAACAAUAUACUGUACUGUAAAGAA